CUUGUAUUACACCUACCUAGGUUAGGUAUGUAUGUAACUACAUGUACCUACCUACAAAACUCCCGUCCCCGCUCCGAAAUAUUACCUUAGAUAUACAGAUUAACUACCUAUACAGACGCUGAGAACAAACUUACGUAUAUCACAACUACUAGUGUCGCAGGUAAUCUCACACCCCCCCUUAAUCCGCCCGCCGCAAUGACACCCUCAUCUUCACCUACACCCUCACCCCCUCCACGUCCCCGAUUCCGCCUCGAAUUCCGCACCAUAAGCGACGGCCAGGACACCGCGCGCGCCCAAGCCCUCACCCGCGCCGGACACCACGCCCACCACAGCACAUUCCCCCAGUUCCCCCUCCUGCCGCCCGAGCUACGCCUCAAGAUCUGGGAGUACCUGCUAGCGCCGCGCAUCGUAGCAGUAGCCUGCAUCGACGACGACGACGACGGGGAGGAGCCCUUAUCUCCAUGGCCCUCGUUCCCCGCCCUGCAGGUCCCGCCCCCCAGCGCCGUGCCCGCUCUCCUGCUCGUCAACCACGAGACCCGCGAACUAGCGCGACAGUGCUACGAACCCGCGUUCGCGUGGAAAGUCCCGUACGUCUUCGUCGCCAACUCCCCGUCCCACGGGAGCGCGACGUCCAUGACUACUACGGCGGCGGCGGCGGCAACGUGGUCGCGGCCGCGCGUCUGGUUCGACUACGAGCGGGACGCGCUGUACCUCGUCGGCGAGCUGGAGCCGUGCGACAGCUACGGGUUCAACAGCGCGAUGGCGUAUUUCCUGCGUCGCGAAGAGGCGCUGCGGGUGCGACGGCUGGCAGUUGCGUUCGGCGCCCUGCGGUACGGGGAGGCCGGGUCGCAGCACAUUUUCGGGGCGCUGUUUCAUGUUGUGGAUCGGUUCGCGCAUAUCGAGGGGGGGAGGGUGUUGGUUGCGGUUGUGCCGAGGGACGAGUUUACGCAUUUGCAUCUGGGAGGGGAAUGGCCGUUGGUGCGUCCCGAGGCAGAUAAUGUUGUGCAGAAUAUUUGGAAGGAUUGGUAUAGGGGCACGUCGGCGCUGGCGAAUGCCCAGUUCGAGUUGGUCCCGGAGUCGGAUCUACCAGAACUUAUCGCGAGGCCGACUAGGUCUGCUACGACUCGGCCGUGGCAGUACUCUCACUAGACAACAUUGGAUAUUCAUAGAACAUGGUCAUGUGGUGCAAUACGACUACAUAAUUCAUAUACACUGCCCUCUUAAGUUGAGUGGUGACUGGCUAU